GCAGUAGGAAGUUUCUCCCCUGCGCGAUGCGGCCGUGCUCUCCGGGCAGUCCGAUUUCCCCGGCUCAGGUGCGUCUCUUAAUGAAAUCCGGCUAUUCCUAAGGGUGUCUCUCCGAGUUAGCGUCUGCAGCGUUUUAUUUGCCUGCAAAAGAAUCCUGGCACAACUUCUCAUUAAGUUUACGCUAUAGGUUCUUAAUGGAUAUCUUAAUUAGGGACCGUUGUGAGCGGGAAUAUUGGGCUAAUUAACAUCACACCCUCCAGGUGAAGCUGAAUUGUAAUGAAAAGUCAGGCGAGGUGGCACUGGGAUUGAUGGGGCGGAGGAGGAGUGGGGCUGUGGGCUCUGCGGGCAGCGUUGCUGUGGGGAAGGGGUGCGCAGGGCGUGCGGCUUUCCCCGUGCUGAGGUGCUGUGCUCGGGGCUGUCUGUGUGCAGAGGGAACGAGGGCCUUCUGGAGUCACCUGGUUCGUUGGUGCUGCGUGGGUAAAUACCCAGCGCCGUCGUUCAGCCCUCUGUAUGUCAGUGAUGCUGUGUCGGUGUGUGCGCCUGCAGCAGUGUGCGGUGCUGCGUCCGAACGCUUCAACGCGGAUGCUCCAGGCUGAGCAGCCGCUGCUGUGAGACCCCGACAGCUCUUCCAGACCGCACGCAGGGGCAGACAUCAGCGUGAGCUCCAGCUGCACCCACAGCACCUCUCCGCCCCCAGAGAGCCCAGCGUGAGCACCGCAGGAGGAACUUGGCUGCAUAAAGACCGUUCAUUCAGUGCCAGUGUCUAAUGGCACCGAAGUAAAUAGCCGAGCAUUGUUCCGGCAGUGUCAGAGCAGAGCGGGGCCAGCCUUCCUCUGAUGAAUUCCUCCUAAAUAGCGCCCGAGGGGGACGGGAGGGGACGGAAGAGGAGGGGGAGUGCCAGAGGGGAGAGCCAGGAAGACAGAGGAUAAGCAGUGUGUAGAAGAGGACGAAACUGCGAGCAGCUUCACGGCUACCUGUCAACACAUGCUGUGCUCCAUGGCUAACUCGGGCUGCCUCCUUGUCUCCAACUCAGGCAUGCUUCCUCACUCUCUCCCCUGUCCUCCAGCCUUCCUCUACCUCCAACAGAGUAACCAGGACGCCACGGCUCCGCCUGACGCGAUGGCACAGCCCUACCCCCCGGCACAGUACCCCCCGCCCCCCCAGAACGGCAUCCCCGCAGAGUACGCGCCGCCGCACCCCCACCCCACGCAGGACUACUCGGGGCAAAGCACAGUACCGGAGCACGCCAUGACCCUCUACACACCAGCACAGAGCCACGCCGAGCAGCCCGGCUCCGACGCCAGCACACAGUCCAUAGCAGGGACGCAGACAGUACCGCAGACAGACGAGGCGGCACAGACAGACAGCCAGCAGCUACAUUCCUCAGACAACACAGACAAGCAGCAGCCCAAGAGGUUACACGUCUCCAACAUCCCCUUCCGAUUCCGGGACCCCGACCUGCGGCAAAUGUUCGGGCAAUUCGGGAAGAUCCUGGAUGUGGAGAUCAUUUUCAAUGAGCGGGGCUCCAAGGGUUUUGGGUUUGUAACUUUUGAAACUAGCACAGAUGCCGACCGGGCACGAGAGAAGCUGAAUGGCACGAUCGUAGAGGGCCGGAAGAUUGAGGUGAACAACGCCACAGCCCGGGUGAUGACGAACAAGAAGACUGCAAACCCCUACACUAACGGCUGGAAGCUGAACCCAGUGGUGGGAGCUGUCUACGGCCCCGAGUUCUACGCAGUAACGGGGUUCCCAUACCCUGCCACGGGGACGGCUGUGGCCUACCGAGGGGCACACCUACGGGGCCGAGGACGUGCCGUCUACAACACGUUCCGGGCUGCGCCCCCACCGCCGCCCAUCCCCACCUACGGCGCGGUCGUCUACCAGGACGGGUUCUAUGGAGCAGAAAUCUACGGGGGCUAUGCCGCCUACAGAUACGCGCAGCCUGCGGCCGCAGCAGCAGCAUACAGCGACAGUUACGGCCGAGUGUACGCAGCCGCAGACCCCUACCACCACACCAUCGGCCCCGCCGCCACGUACAGCAUCGGCACCAUGGCUAGUCUAUACCGAGGAGGGUACAGCCGCUUCACUCCCUACUAGCAAGACAGACCCAGCCCCUCACAGCACUAACACUGACCGCUCACUAGAAACCAAACCAGGCAGACUAAGCAGAGGCAGAGCCUCCCGGAGGAACCGAGCCCUGCCUGCGGGCUCUGCCCCGCGAUAGGUUCACCUCGAGCCACUCCGCCGCAGCCUCCAUCCCGCCCAGCCCGGGCAGAGCGCUGCUGGGGGGCGGCUGGGAGUGGGGCUGUGGGUGCCGCCCUGCUCGGGGCGAGGGCUUGGCCCCAUAGGUGAGGCAGGGGUGGGGGUGUGGGGCUGCGUUGGGUGCUGUGGGGCCGGGCUGGCGGCUCCCACGAAAGCUCUGCCUUUCUGUUUCUGUUGUAGUGAACACGCAGCCGUUUUCCUUCUGGGACCAGGAAGGGCAAAACAAAACACACACACACACACACACAUACACACAUACACGGUUAAAAAAAAAUUAUACAAAAAAAAAAAGGAAAAAAAAAGCGGAAAAGCAAAGCAACCAACCAACAAAGCAAAGAGGCAACAGCCGAGCGAGCGUCCCAUCUGUCCACACGCACGCACCGAGCGAGUCCCGGAGGAGACUGCGGAGCGCACGGAGCGCUGAGACGCGCCCAGAGCCGCCAACCCGCUGCCCCCGGCCCGGCCCGGGCUCCACGUCUUCCUUCGCGCCCGGCGCGGUGCCGGCGCGCGGUUCCGCCCGGCUGGGCUCAGCUGCCGGCCUGCAGCGCGCCGCGGCUCCGGGCUGAGCGCCGCCACGUCGGGGCGCGAGGCUGAGCCCUGCGCGGGUGUGCCGGGCGCUGCAGGGGACGCGCCUCUGCGUUUUAAAGGGAAUUUUUGCUAAGAGGAGCUUGCGACUCGCUUGCGUUGCCCUCCCGCCCGUCCCUAUCGCACCCAGGGCUCCCGCCUGCCGCGCGCCGCGGGGCUCCCUGCGCUGAGCUGGGAUGGGGACCUACGGGACGGCACGGCCACCCCCCGCCCGCCGCAGGGACCCCGGGGGACGCGCGGCCCCCCCCCGCCCCCCAUCCCCCACCCCCCGGUGCAGCCCCGUCCCGCGUCGGGGUGACCUCGGCUCAGCCGCCCCCGCCCCGCGUGGCUCCGCCACUCGUCAAACCUCACUUUAUAGUCUGCAGACGCCCCGACGCUCCAGCAACGAGCUCCCCCUUUUCUAUUCCCCGUGUACAUAGCCCCGCCCGGCCGCCCCUGUACAAACCCCCAUCGCUGUACUGGCUUCUUCCUUACAGCAACGCCCCGCGCCGGCCCCGGCUGCAGGCUGGCGCCGGCCCGUCCUGUAUGCUUCAAAGGUGUGACCAUUCUAAUAAACAGUAUUAUUAUUAUUAUUAUUAUUACUACAAGGAUUAUUAUUAUUAUUAUUAUGGAAAUUAUUAAUAAAGAUUUCUUUCUUCAACCA